AUGCCAGCUAAAGCUGCACAACCCAAAAAGAAAGAAAAAGAAGCAUCGAGCAGUUCUGGUAGCAAAGCUAAGAAGAAGAAAUGGUCGAAAGGAAAAGUGCGCGACAAACUUAACAAUAUGGUUUUAUUUGAUAAAGCAACUUAUGACAAAUGUGUCAAAGAUUUGCCACAAUAUAAACUUAUCACUCCGGCCAUUGUAGUCGAACGUUUUAAAGUCCGUGGCUCAUUAGCCCGUGCAAUAAUCCGUGAACUCAUGCGACGUGGUCUUAUUCGCGCCGUUGUAAAACACAGUCGGCAAGAAAUCUAUACUCGAUCAUCGAAAGAAGAUGCACCAGGUGAACAAGAGGCUGGCAAAGACGGUGCUCCUGAAAAGGAAAAAGGUGGCGGCGGUAAAAAAGGUGGCAAAAAAGCAGCUAAAGUAGAGGCUGCUGCAGUUGAAGAAGCUACUGCUUAA